UGUUCGUGUGUUCUUCAAAUCGGAAUCCCCAACAAAACUUCCGGUAGGGCUACGAAUCCCGGCUCCGUCUUCUUUCUUCAACAGAUUUCUUUAAGGUUUCAUCUGAAUUGCGAAAGCUUUGAAUUGAAGGAAGCACAUCAAUUUGUGGAUGGAUGCAAAAGCUUUAGCAAAAUCAAAGAGAGCUCACUCUCAACACCACAGCAAGAAGUCUCAUUCAAAUCAGAAACAUAAACCUCCGUCCAUUGGGACAAAUGCACCUGGAAGUGCCAAUAAGCCGCUAGGAAAGCACGCCAAUGAUGGAAAUCUCCUCUCCCAGGCUGUGCCUAAACUUCCCUCAAAUUGGGAUCGUUAUGGCGAGGAAAUUUCCGUCGAAGAGACGUCCGGUGAGGCUUCCGCGCCAGUUUCCGAUGUGAUUUUUCCGAAGAGCAAAGGUGCCGACUACCGCCACCUGAUUGCCGAGGCUCGAUCGCAGAUGCAGUCGAGUACUUGUAUGGAUGUUUUUCCGUCUUUGGAUGAUGUUCUUCCGAGAGAGUUAAGUAGUGGAGGAUCUGCUAUGCUUGCAGCGAGGGGGGAAGGCAUAUUGUCCUGGAUUGAAGAUAAUAGUUUCGUUGUAGAUGAAAAAACCACUGCAAAUCCUGAGGCGUCAUUUCUUUCAUUGAAUUUGGUCACAUUAGCAGAACAACUUACAAAACUAAAUGUAGCAGAGAGGCUCUUUAUCGAGGAAGAUAUAUUACCUUCAGAACUGCGUUCAGAGAGAAAGGCGGUCUGUGAUCAACGGUCAUCCGCGGUGCCAACAUAUGAUUGUCAAGAGGGAAUGAGAAAUAUUGAAAUAUCAUCUGACACAGAAUCCUACGAGAAGGGAAACGUCGAAGAUGGAGUUCGAGAUGUGACCAAAGCUUCUUCGUCGAGCUAUUUCGGAAGUAUCCAUCAAGAUCCAACCUUCAAUCCAUCACCAAUUUCAUCAAAUCAGGUCCAUUAUAAUGCUCAUCCAAUUGAGUUGCCAAUAUCCAGCCAAACUAACACACGAAAGUACACUGAACAACCCAACACGAAGUUCAUAAUUGAAAACCCCAACCAAAAGACCCCUAUGUUUGAAGCAACAACUGCAGAAGCAGAAUUGGAUAUGCUUCUGAACUCAUUUAGUGAGACAAUGGACCUCGAUACCCCAGCUGCUGGGAGUAGCUCGUUCGACAUAGAUGAAGUCUUUAAGGCCACACCUCACAUCCCAAUUAAAGGUUCAAAUUCAGGCAAGAAGGCACCCAUUACUGCAGAACUUGAUGAUGCCUUGGAUGACUUGCUCCAAGAUACAUCCCAUCUAGUACCUCAUAAAGAAAAGCCUGUCAACAACAGUCAUUCUGGAGCCAACUCCAUUGCAAAGGACGACUUCGAUUCUUGGCUUGACUCAAUCUGAGCUCUGUAAGUAAACAAAUUCCUCACCCAUGUAACCUACUUUGCUGUGUGAAAAUUUAGUCUGCGUAGAGUUACUCGUUUCAUUUUUCGACAAUAUUACACCUUUAGUCAUUAAGCGAAGUUACUAAUACUUUAACCUUAAACUCUACCGAGGUCGGCAUUGUUACUCGUUCGAUUUGAAUCUUUGAUCUCUUUAAACCGUCUUAUCGUGC